AGGAGGAACCAUGAGAGGAGGUCCAUCAGCCGGAAUGGGAGACGAGGCAGAGUGCUGAGAGAGGGCGUGCUAUGGAGGAGGUGAUAGAGGUUGAGGAGGACACUCCACCUCAGGCGCAUGCUACAGACUUGGGGCCAGAAAUCGUACCGGAGAUCGCCCGCGAGGAGGAGGAGGAGCCUCAGCAGGAAGAGAUUCCGUCCCCACCACCAGAGGCAAUCCCUUCGCCAGAGGUGAGGAUGGAGAUGGAGCAAGAAAGGAUUGACUGGAGGAGAGAGACCAUCUCCACGAUUAAUAAGUAUCUGGCUGCGCAUGCCCAAGAGCACCCUGACAUCGAGGAGCCCGUGCCUAUGGAGCCACCACGAGAGCCGCGCCAGCCAGAGAGAGAGGCGGGGGCCGAGAUUCCGGGAAGAGCAGACCAUCGUACAAGAGGGAGAGUACCGUCAAGGGAGACAGCCGAGGAGAAAUGGGCCAGAGUUGGGAAGUGCGCGGAGGAAAUUUGGCAGGAAAGACAAAGACUGGAGACGGCAGGGGCACUCCCAGAUCAGCCACCAGGCACACCUCCUAAACCAUGUGGAGUCAAGGAAAUGUGGGAUGAGUUCCUUGGCCAGCAUGGCGAGGGGUUGGCGACUCCAGAGAGGCCAGGACUCGGGACAUCGAGGAUGGCGAAUGAGUACCUGGAUCAUAAGAUCCGCUUCUUGGCCAACACAUCUUUCAAUAGGUACCUAAUGUUGGAAGCUGAUCUAGUCGGAAAGAAGAUGAAGGAAGCGAGUCAGGGAGUGAGUUUGGAGGCGGUUGAGGUGGAGGUCUGAGAGCUCAGGUCAUUGGUGGCUAGUCAAGCCGCCAUUAUCC